AUGGACAAGACAGCCGUGUUCAAAGCGUAUGUCAAAACUAUCAAAACGAGAAACAGGGCAUUUGGGUCCCCAGCACCGCCACAAGUGGAUAUUCUGAAGCAACGUAAGCCACGUAGAGACGAAUUUUCUCGUAGGGCCAAGGAUAUCGUCAACGAUCUAGUCAAGCUGACAGACUUCUUGAACCGGCACUUUAAGGACUAUAUCGACGUCCAGGCAUUCAAUCAGCAGACCACGCUAACAGACGCGGACCGUGACAAAAUCGAUAUUGGCGCGCAGCACAUCAUCAAAACGUGCGGUCAACAGUUGAUCGUGCUCAAAAAGAGUCUGACAGGCGAUUGCAGUCAAAUUGACGAUCAUAGACGGCAGAUCAUACGCUAUGUCGAAUGGCGGCAAAAAUCCGUUACCAAGUUGUUUGCAGAGAUCAAAGCAACUCGAGCCCAAAGGUGUUUAGAGUAUGAAAACGUUUCAAAGUUGAGCAACUUGACCCACGGUUUUGAACCCCCAAAAGAAACCAAUAACGCGGCCGCUGUUGAGUAUGAAGCUGCUGACCGACAGUAUGCAGCUCAACUGGAUGAUGAAUUGUCACCAGAAGAAUUGCAAAUGUUCGAAGCCGAAAAUAUAGAAAUGUACAAUGAAUUAAAUCAAUUAUCAAAUGAAGUGAGGAAUAUAGAGUCCAAGGCUGUACGAAUCGCUGAGUUACAAGAGUUGUUUACUGAAAAAAUAUUAGAACAAGAUCAGGAUCUCGAGAGGAUAGACACAAUCGCAGUUAAUACUACUGAGAACAUUAUUGAUGCUAACACUGAAAUAAGAUCAGCAAUACAAACCAACGCUGGUCUUAGAGUGUAUAUAUUAUUCUUUAUAUUAGUACUUUCAUUUACCUUACUAUUUUUGGAUUGGUACAAUGAUUAA